AUGGCCACGCCGCUGUACUUGACAGCUGGCAAAGACAGAAAUGUCGUGCUGCGGAAUGCAGAAUCUGUGGUCAGUGUGCUGAGGCGUGUGUUUCUGGUGCGGUGCCCUGGCAACGACUGCCCCCGUGUGACUACUGACAGUGGGGAAGAUGUGGUGCAUCUUGAUGCGUGCGCUAGCACCUCCGUCUCGUCGCGGGUGUACCUGUCCGACCUCCGUGUGCUGUCUGCACAAGCUGGCGUGUACGCUGUGUGUGUCGAUGAUGGUGAUGGAGAGUACACUGCUCCUGCUGCGCUGCCGGUGACGGUGCUGGAGAAGCCCUUUGCCUUCAAGAUAACUGCUGACCCGGACCGGAACACUGUUACGAUUGGUGUCAGUGGCGGCGACCUCGAGUGGCGCAGAGAGCCGUACACGGUGUGCGCCGUGCCGCUGAGUGACACGUGUGAUUCCGUGUCUGCUGGGCCUCGUAUGUGUGAGAAGAGUGAGCUCCCAAAUUCAUUAUCCGUGUUUCUGGACCUCGCCAGCAGGGGAAUGCUUGUUAAGGAUGUGAAGCUCUGCUUCAUCGCAGCCAACGUGACAAUCGGAGGACGCACCUACACACAGAUGUUCGAUUUGUCGGAAGGGAAGGGGGGGAAAAAAUUGUCUGGUGGAGUCAUCGCCGGGAUUGUUAUUGCUGGCAUCGCUCUGGUAAUUGCUUUGGUUGUCACCGUUGUGUAUGUGUUGCCCCGGCGACGAAAAAACAGAAGGGAGUCGCUGGACACUGGCACACAACCCUUGUCGACGGUGCCACACUCUGUGCAGAGGGAAUCAAAUCCUCUGACAACUGUUUCUGUCGACGCUUCACCGCCCACGACUGUUCCUCCACAAGACGAUGGUGCUGUCCAGGUGCCUGUUUUUGAGCAGUCAGGCAACGCAGUGGAGCAGCACAGGGACCCCAGAGCUCUACAAGAGGUGGUGGAUGGGAACUCAGCUCCUUUGACGGGCACGCACGAGAACGGCGCUAUGAUUAUAACUGGUAAUAAUAACUCACAUGGCAACAGCGCACAGAUAGCGUCAAGAGUUGGUACUAGUGGUACAGUUUCAUCUCGUCGACGUUUGCUGAGAAGGACAGUAAACAAUGUGACAGAACUACACGCCAUGCUGCGGAAUGGAGUACAGGGUGGUGUUGUUCCUCAGCGCAAUGCAAUCGAGGAAUUUCACGAUGAACUAUCUAUGGGAAACCCUUCCGUGGAGCAUGUUCUAGGGCCCAAUACGUGGAUUGUUUUGCCUCCAGUUUUGAAUGCGGGAUUUCCGGAAGAUGAUUUAUGCCUCCCACUGACGAAUCAAAACCUUGAUUUCUUGCGUUCCGCAGAGUCACGCAUCACCCACCCCAGUGAAAUGGAUGAAGAUUCGGAGGAGUCGGAGGAAAGGGAUCCUAAGAGGCGUGAGGCUCUUUACAAGAAAUUCUUGGCUAAGGAGAAGAAAACGCGUAAAUCUGUAGAAGAGUGGUGCGAUAACGUGAACCAGGUGGGUAUUGUGUAUUACGACCCAUUCGGAAGAGACUACUACAACUGCGGGCCAUUUACUAUACGCUCGUAG